AUGAGGCAGUGCUGCCAGGAUGCAGGCCCUGUGUCCUCUGGAGCCCUGGCAGCUCUGGGUGGCAUCUACCCAUUCACUCCAGGGUACCAGUCCAACUCACAGAUCUUGGCUGCUUUGUUCUUGAGAAGACCUGAGGCACCUCCCAGUGGAAAUCCACCUCCCAGACCCCGGCAAGCCUGCAGACUGGCAAGCAGUACCAGGGUUUCCCCUGGAGAAUCUGCUUCUGUGCCCUUCAGUAUGGUCAAUGCUACCUUUAGAGAUACAGAGAUGAUGUAUUUCCUGCAAACCCUUUCAUCUUUUUAA